AAAGGAUGGUAGUUUUUCUUCUUGCGUUAGAGGAGGCUGUCCCUAAAUUGUUGAGCACAUAAGAGGCUCCCUGUGUGCGACCCUCUCAGCAUUCAAGACCAGAGUGUGAGGGGAUCCAACUAUUGUAAGUUCCUCUGCGUAUUGUCUACAGAGAGGGAGAGAGGAGAAGAGAAAAGAGAGCAGUGGCAGCAGCAGCAACAGUAGCAGCAGCCUUCCCUUCCCUUCACUGCAGCUUGAAUUCAUAGGUUUACUUUAAACUUAUGAAAACAUUUCUAUCCACAGCUGCCUUUCGGCUCAGCAGAGCUCAUCUUACCACUUCGACCCCACCGUCUUAUCUAUCACCCUGCCCUCUUGCUGACUGCCCACCCGACUUUCUUCCAGGGGAACUUAACAGGAUCACAAGAGGUUGCCGAGCUUUCAUCAAGUGGUGGAGCGGUCAGAGGUAGCCAGAGUCAUCAUGGCCGUGUCCCAGGAGCGGAGUGUGUGUCUGGGGCUUUGGGUGCUCAUUUUGCUUGGUGCAGGCUUGGAGGAAGUUGUGGAGGGAUGCAGCUGCCACCCAGCACACCCACAACAGCUCUUUUGCAGUGCUGAGAUUGUGAUAAGAGCCAAGAUAUCUGGAGAGAAGAUUGUGUCGCCUAGCAACAGCUCCUCACCUUACAUGAAGAUGAUCCAAUACGAAAUAAAAAUGAUCAAGAUGUUCAAAGGUUUUGACAAGGCUAAGGAUAUCCAGUAUGUGUACACUCCAGUUUUCUCAUCGCUGUGUGGAGUCAAGCUGGACUCCAACAAUAAGGCAGGGUAUCUGCUCUCAGGGAGCAUGUGGAGUGAUGGGAGGAUUUCUAUUGGCCAGUGUGAUCUGGUAGAGUCUUGGGACAACUUAUCAGUGUCGCAAAAGAAGAAUCUCAACUAUAGAUACCAGAUGGGCUGUGAAUGCAGAAUCAACACCUGUUACACAGUGCCGUGUGCAUCUACAGGAGAAAACGAGUGCUUGUGGACUGACUGGCUGCUGGAUAACAGCCUAAACGGCGAGCAGGCUCGGCAGUACGCUUGCAUCCGCCGCUCUGACACAAGCUGUAGCUGGUACCGGGGUGGGCCUCCAUCUGAGAAAGACUUCUUUGACAUGACUGACCCUUGACCUGUAAUUCUGAGAUUCAUUUUACUCAAUAUGUUUCCCAAUAUGCCUCAUGAAAAAAACAAAAAACGAAAAAACAAAACCCUGCUUUGGCUUAUGUAGAUCAGAUCUGGGGUUGAAAACAGCAACUGAUUUCAUUAAAAAAAAUUUGGGCGAAUAUUAAAUCUGAGGGAGCAUAAUGUAACCGUGAGCUUUGACUGGUUGUUACAGUAAAUCUUGGAAAAUCUGUCCAAACUGCAGCACUCCAGUGAAUCAUCUUCUUUCUCUCACGCCAGAUUAGACUCAUCAUUUGAUCUAGACCGUUUUUUUACCUGAAGGCAAAUGAAUAAAAUUAUACAAGGCCUUACAUUUGUUUAUGCAUGAAGUAUGAAGCAUAAAGGUGUUCAUUUGCUGCAAAAAUAAGACAAAGUUAUAUCAGGAAACAAAAAUGGUAAAUAAAUAAUAGAAGGAAGCUGUCGCAACCUUUUCUGAACCAAUUCCAGACCCACUGCAGCAGCUUUCCUUUCCCCUCUUUUUCCUUCACACCUCCUGGGAGUGAAUAUCUUUAAAUAGUAUCUGCUAACUGUCAAUACAAAUAAAAGUACACAGUAUAUACAAAUCUGUGUGGAAGGUUUAGGCACUAAAAAACUGAAAGUCUCUUUCAAAAGUCUACAAUAAAAAAUUAUUUUUAUUUUUACAUUUUUAUGAAUUGAUCCAUAUCUGGUGUGGGCAAUGUUUCCACAUGUAAAUCCAAGGCAAAGGGUGCCUGUAUGUUAGUGUACUUUUCAGUGGUAACCUCAGUACAGUUCUAAGCGUUUCUGAGUAUUUUUCCAAUGUUCUGCUGGAUUUAGCCUGUCUCCAUUGCUUUUGUCACUUAAUGUAAACCCAUUCAGACUCCAUGAUUCAGACUCCAAGGCUCUAUGGGGACCAUACCAUCUGUUGCAGGACUCUUUGUUCUUCUAACGAUUGUUCUUUGA